GAUAAAAAACUUGGAAAAAUGGGACACACUGACGAUUCUGAUGAUUCAUCUUAUAGACGAUCGAAAAAAAAGAAGUUCAAAAGAUCGAGAUCAAAAUCCCGGGAGAAAAAACGUAGAUCAAGAUCAAGAUCAAGAAACAGAACCAGGCGAUCAAGAUCUCGGGACAAGAGAUCAAGAUCAAGGGAUAGAAAAUCUAGAGAUAAGAGAUCAAGAUCUAAGGAUCGGAGAUCAAGAGAAAAGAAAAAGUCAUCGAGACAUUCUCGGAGCCGGAGCAACUCGCGAUCUCGCAAACGCUCAAGAUCUCGUCGGAGGUCAACCUCGCGCUCCCGACAGUCUCCCGUGAGAUCUCGGAGGUCAAGGUCCCGAGGUCGGAGGUCAAAAUCUAGAUCUCCUUCAAAACCUAAAGCUUACAAAUCCAGAACACCCAGUAGUUCUCCAGACGCUAGAAAACAAGAAUUAAAUCUCACAAUAGCCGAGGAGUUGAAGAGACAGAAACAGAUUGAAGAAAUAGAUUCGGAUAGUUUUGUGCAAGCUUCCUUCAGAACGGAAGUGAACUAUACAGGACGGGGGGUGAGGGAGGAAGUAGAUGAAGGAGAAUUCAAGUUUGGUACUUCAGCAGAGAUCAAUAACAAGCAGGAAAUAAAGGCUAAAUUAGAGCAGCUGAAUUCUGAAGGAUUGCUGAAUCCUGAAUUAUUUGGAAACCAGGACUUUGACUCCGCCCUGAAGAAGGACCUGGAGGAGAUCGAGGACGAGGACCCUGUUGAGGCGGAGAGGCGUCGAAAGGAGGCGGAGGAAGAACGGAAACGGAAGUUGAUCACUGAGAUUGCAAUCAAUUGGGAGGCGAGUAGAGAGGAGAGUGAGAGAAAACAUAAAGCACUUGCCUUGCUCAUCGAAGCUAAAGAAGAGGAGAAGAUUAUGAAACUGGAGUUGGCACAAAAACGGUGGGGGAAGAAGGAAGGAGAGGGGAAGAAAGAAGGAGAGGGAGAAGGGGAGAAGGAGGAGAAUACCUGGAAGCAAAGAUGGUUCCAGGACUACAAGACUAAACAGGUUUACACCAGCAGUAAGAUCCUCAGUAAGACCAAGCAGAAGAUGAAGUUGCUGGAGAAGGAACGGAAACGAGAAGAGGAGGCGGAUGCGGAGGAAGAAGAAAAGAAAGAAGCGGCUGAGGCGGCGGAACCUCAAGGGGUUAUUGGAAGUAUACAGGAAUACGCUAGUCUGGUCGGCAAAUCCGUGAAACAAUUGGCGGAGGCUAAAUAUGAUCUGCCGGAGGUUUCCGAUAGCGAGUCAGAGGACAGUGGAGGAGAUGAAGACGGAAAUUUAUGGGGAACCAUUCUGGGGGGCGGAGAUUGAUGGCAAUCACAUGGGUG